GCAUUAUUAAGAACUAAAGCGGACCUAGAAUUAGCUCGAAAUGCAGCCGCUAUCAAACACAGUGAUUCCAUCGCGUUACGAUGUGAGCUCAAUCGUUGUAUGAAAGAAGACAUGGAAAAGGAAAUUGUUUGGAUGACAAAGGAAGAAAACUUUCGGAAGACCCUACUCUUGAGGACAACAUCUUUCGAACAGAAAGCAAAUGAUUUUCAGCGUACUUUGGCAGAAAAAGACGAAAUGAUAGAAGGUCUGCGUCGCGAUCUUCAAAAAUUGCAAACCGCAAUAGCAGAAGCCUCUCGAAAAGACGAAAUGAUGACAGAAAGCAGUGCAAAGAAAGACAUAACACGAGCGGAGGAUAAUGCGAGUAAAGCGCUUAUUGAGCAGCUCAAACGAGAACGGAACGCUUUGGAAGUUACAGUUGCUGAGCUCAAAAAACAAUUGGAGACCUCACCAGAAACAUUACAAGAAGUAAAGCGCUUGCAAAAGCUUCUUGAAGAAAAAGACGAAAAGCUGGCCGCUAUGCGACGGAAUUACCGACAGCUUAUGCGGAAAGUUGAACACUCACUCGAACAUUUGGAGAAACAACAUUUGAAAACGAGAAGAAAGCUGGAGGAAAACAUCAUUUCUUAA